UAAAUCUUCUUCUUUUCCUUCUAUUGCUAAAUCGUUGAUUCCUAAAGGCUAUUUUAUCUUGAAAAAAUUUUUUUUUUUCAGUACUGGUCUCAUAGAAUUUAGUUAUGUCGUCUGUUCCUUCUGCUGCAAGCAGAGUGGUUGUAACGGGUCUUGGUUUGGUUACCCCUUUAGGUGUUGGUUUGAAACACAAUUGGCAAGGAAUAUUAGACAGUAGUUGUGGUAUUAUUUCAACAACUAGCUUCCCUGAUUAUGAAACUGCCGGUUGGGAUAAGAUCCCAGCCAAAGUUUAUGGGAAAGUUCCUAGAGGCUCUCUUAAAGAUGGUAAAUGGGAUCCAUUAGAUUAUUUUGAAUUAGCCGAAUCAAGAAGAUUGGGUAUUUUCUCUCAAUUUGCAAUUGCAGCUGCCGAUGAAGCUAUUAAAGACUCAAAACUCGACCUUAAUAACCUUGAUCGUGAAAGAAUUGGUAUCACUGUUGGAAGUGGAGUUGGUUCUUUUGAUGAUAUUUGUGAAGGCACAACAACUUAUGAUGCUAAGGGUUAUAAAAGAAUGAAUCCUUUAUUUGUACCUAAAUUAUUAAUUAAUAUGGCUGCUGGUAAUAUUUCAAUUAGACAUGGUAUUAAAGGUCCUUUACAUACCGCUUCAACUGCUUGUGCUACUGGUUUACAUUCAAUUGGUGAUGCUUAUAAUUUUAUUAAAAAUGAUUAUGCUGAUGUGAUGGUUGCUGGGGCUUCAGAAUCAGUUAACCAUCCACUAGGUUUAUCAGGUUUUGCCAGAGCAAGAUCUUUAGUUACUGACUUUAAUGAUGAUCCCUCAAAAGCUUCAAGGCCUUUCGAUGCUUCAAGAUCGGGAUUCGUGUUAGGUGAAGGUAGUGGGGUCUUAAUUUUAGAAAGACUUUCAAAUGUUCUUGAAAGAGGUGCUCAAGAUCAAAUUUAUGGUGAAGUUCUUGGUUAUGGAUUGAGUGGUGAUGCUCAUCAUAUUACUGCCCCAGCAACCACCGGUGAUGGUGCCUAUAGAGCAAUGGUAAAUACAUUGAAAAGAGCCAAGUUAAAUCCAAAUGAUAUUGAUUAUAUAAAUGCACAUGCAACCUCAACUGUUUUAGGUGAUAGAGCUGAAAAUAAUGCAAUUAAUAAUUUAUUUGGAGAUCAUAAGAAUUUAUCAAUCUCAUCAACAAAAUCGGCUAUUGGGCAUUUAUUGGGUGCUGCAGGUUCAGUUGAAGCAAUUUAUGCCAUUAAAGGUUUGAAAGAAAAUAUUUUACCCCCAACUAUUAAUUUGGAAAAAGUUGGUGGACAUCCUGAUGAUGAUCCAGAGAAAUUCAAUAAAUUUGACUAUGUUCCAAAUGUUGCUAGAUCAAAAGAAAUCAACUAUGCAUUAUGUAAUUCAUUUGGUUUUGGUGGUGUUAACGCUUCAAUUGUAUUUGGUAAAUAUAAUUCAUAA